AUGCCGGACACCCCCGUCCUGGCCCGCUCCCUGCAGCCCUUCCCUGCGCUCCCGGAGCCCGGGUGCGGCUCGGGCAGCCCCUGCAGAGGGAUYAUUGGGCCCGGCCGAGCGCUGAGCACGGGCUACUGCCGCCUGUGCCACGGCAAGUUCUCGUCGCGGAGCCUGCGCAACGCCUUCGGCAAGGUGCCCGUGCCGGGCGAGAGCUCGGGCAAGCAGCGCCGCGUCGACCACGUCUUCUUCACGGACUUCCAGCGGCUCGUGGGGGUGGCGGUGCGGCAGGACCCCGCGCUGCCCCAGUCCGUCUGCAAGAAGUGCCAUGCCCAGUUCUACAAGUGCCGCAGCGUGCUGCGCGCCUUCAUCCAGAGGGUGAACGCGUCUCCCACGGGCCACAAGGCCAAAGGAAAGAGCAGCGCUGCCCAGGCCCAGCCCGGCGCCGACGGAGCCGCCUCCUGUCUCGCCGACCUGAUCACGUCGAGCCCGCAGUGCCUGCGCAGCCUGGUGGCCUGGGCGCACGCGCACGCGGGCGGCUGCCCCUCGGCGCCCGGCCUGCGCAGCGUGCUCUCCUCCGAGUACUGCGGCGUCAUCCGCGCCGUGUGGGGCUGCGGCGACGGCCACGACUACGUCAUGGACACCGAGGCGGACUGCAGCGCCGCGCUCGUCGACGGCGCCCUGCCCGUGAAGCGCGAGUGGAACAAGAGCGUGGCGCCGCGCCGCGCCGACAACGGCGCCGGGGCUGCCCCGGCGCAGCAGGACAGAGCCCUCGCGCAGCCGGGGUCGCCGCUGGGCAGCGCCGCAGGGCAGUUGAGUGGGAAGCAGGUUCUGUCUUCAACGUCGGAUGAGCGGGUAAAAGACGAGUUCAGUGACCUUUCUGAGGGGGACUUCCUGAGCGAGGAUGAAAAUGAGAAGAGAAACAUGCAGUCCUCAGAUGACUCCUUCGAGCCUUACCCUGAGAAGAAGGUCUCCAGUAAGAAAAGUGACGGCAAAGAAGCUAAGAGGGCAGAAGAGCCCAAAAUAAGGAAGAAGCCAGGGCCCAAGCCAGGCUGGAAAAAAAAAAUCAAGUGUGAGAGGGAGGAGCUGCCUACCAUUUACAAGUGUCCUUACCAGGGAUGCACGGCCGUCUACAGAGGGGCAGAUGGCAUGAAGAAACAUAUAAAAGAGCAUCAUGAGGAAGUUCGGGAGAGGCCCUGUCCUCAUCCCGGCUGCAACAAGGUGUUCAUGAUUGACCGGUACCUACAGCGCCACGUGAAGCUCAUUCACACAGAGGUACGUAAUUAUAUUUGCGAUGAAUGUGGGCAGACCUUUAAACAACGCAAACACCUCUCAGUCCAUCAGAUGCGGCACUCGGGAGCGAAGCCCCUGCAGUGCGAGAUCUGCGGCUUCCAGUGCAGGCAGCGAGCGUCGCUCAAGUACCACAUGACCAAACACAAAGCCGAGACGGAGCUGGAAUUCGCCUGCGACCAGUGCGGGAAGCGCUUCGAGAAGGCCCACAACCUUAACGUCCACAUGUCCAUGGUGCACCCUCUGACCCAGACUCAGGACAAAGCCAAGGCACUGGAGCCAGAGCCCAUUCUCCUCCUAACUACUUCAGGGACUGCAGAAAGCCAGGCUGUAAAGCCCGAAGUGACUGCGCAGCAGGAGCCCACCUGAGGAGCGCUGGGCAGCUUGCCCAGGCCAGCCUUGAAGAACCCGUACAGCCGAGCGGAGGCUUUUAAUCUCCGUUUUAGUCUCCCCAAGAACUCAGUGAAAUUAGCUUCAGCUUGCUCAGAAAAAGCUUGUUCUCAUGCUGUGAUUCUCCAUGCUCACGUCUGAUUCAGCAGUGUUGUACUAAGAGUCUGUCUGCUCCGAGGGGACAGGUCUUUGGCAGCGCCCCGUUGUUGUCCCCUUCCCCAACACACACAGUUGUAGAAACCAAGCUGUCCCACAACUGUUACCUACCUGCACGAGCUGCUGCCUGUCUCUAACUGCCCUUGGGGGCAG